AUGCAGGAGAAGGACAAGCACAACAAUCUGCAAUGGUGUGCAAGAGAGGUGGUGAUAGAGGAUCACGUGAUUGUUCCAUCCUUAAGUGUCUCCACUGUAAAAGAUCUCAACUUUGUAAACGAGUAUACAACCUCUCUAAUGACUGCUCCUCCACUUGACCCAAGCAGGCCUCUGUCGGAAGUCCAUGUGUUAAAUGUUUCUUCUAGAGAUGCAGCAGCCAGCCUUGUAUUCAGAAUCCAUCAUUCAUUAGGAGAUUGUGUCUCUAUGCUCUCCCUCUUAAUAAAUUCUACAAGCAAAGCUGCAAAUCCUAACGUGUCACAAACCAUCUCACAACAUAAAUCUUCUGACCAGAGAUCCACAGGUUUUCUCCAAAUUGUUUACAAUGUCAUUGCAGGGCUUUGGCUCACAUUUCUCUGUGUGUUCGACUAUAUGAUCGUUCUGCUAUGGAACGGGGACCAGAAUUUAUUGAAAGAAGCGAGCAGAGCAAAAAUUAGUUCAAAGCGUCUGGCUCAUGUUACUCUCAACAUUGAAGAUAUUUGCUUGGUCAAAAAGGCCGUUAAUGGGGAUCUGGAUAGGAACAUGAAAAACCCAUCAAAAUCUAUGUGGGGUAAUAAACUAGGUUUUUGGAUGAUUCCUCUUCCGACCUUCCACUAUGGAGAUCCCCUUCAAUACUGCCGUGUUACAACAAUGAUGUCCAGGCUGAAGAAGUUAUCUUUCGAGGUCUCAAUGAUAUACGCCAUAACCAAAUACAUGCCAACUAAGUUGGUGGCGUACAUUUCCACUAAACUGGCCGAGAGCACUACAUUGGGCAUAUCCAAUGUGAUGGGGCCCGUUGAACAGAUCCAAUACGGUGAUAACCCCAUUACUCAUAUUAUUCCCACGGCUCACCUUAACUAUCGUUCUAUUGUGAUGCAUUUCAUAAGCUAUGCUGGAAAAGGGAAGCUGGUUGCAUUAGUACCGGAAGACGUAAUUGCAGACCCACAACAGCUUUGUGAGGAUUGUGCAGACGCCCUGCAAGUGAUGAAAGAAGCAGCCGCUAAAACAGCUUCACUGAAUUUAUCUUGA